AUGUUUGCUUUGAGUAGGCUAGUAAGCCGUUUACCAGUUUAUUGUGUAGCCGAAGCUUCAUUUUCAUCAGCAGGAGAUGGAUUAAGCGUUCGAAGAGCGAAACUCUUAUAUCAAAGCAAAAAGCGUGGAAUACUCGAAAAUGAUAUUCUACUGGGAGAAUUUGCCGAGAAAAAUUUGCAAAGCAUGAACAAGCAAGCUUUAGAUGACUACGAUAAACUCAUAAAUGGCGAUCACAUGGAAUGGGAUCUGUUUUAUUACUUGAGUGGGAAGAAAACACCUCCUGAAGACUUAGCAGCUUCUCCCAUGUUUCAGCAAAUGAAAGCUUUUGUAGAUAAAAAAAGAGGAUUGUAA